AAGAAAUUGCGCCAUUCGGUGACGACAGGAAAUAACAGACGGAGCCGUUAAAUUGCCUGCCUUGACUUGUCUGUCGGCUGUUUUCGUUUUUCGGCUGUUUCUUGUAAUUUUUGCUUGUGUUUUUAAUUUAUUUAGAGACGAUGUCUUCAGUUAAUGUACUUCAGAAUAACAAUUCUCUAAAUCUUGCUCAGAAUGAUACCGACAAAGAAAAUCAAAACGAAAUAGUUCCUACAAAAUCUCAGAAGAAAAAAAGUCUUGUGAAGUCGCCUAAACCUGCAGAUGAGCCCCUCCUUCGAGACAACCCUCGGAGGUUCGUCAUCUUCCCCAUCGAGUACCAGGACAUCUGGCAGAUGUACAAAAAAGCAGAGGCCUCCUUCUGGACUGCAGAAGAGGUCGAUCUCUCCAAAGAUCUCGGCGACUGGGAGAAGCUGAAGGAUGAUGAGAAGCAUUUCAUCUCGCACAUCCUUGCGUUCUUCGCAGCCAGCGAUGGCAUUGUAAAUGAAAAUUUGGUUGAAAGGUUUUCUCAGGAAGUUCAAGUGACUGAAGCCAGGUGCUUCUAUGGUUUUCAGAUUGCCAUUGAGAAUGUGCACUCAGAAAUGUACAGCCUCCUCAUAGACACAUACAUCAAAGAUAAACAAGAAAGGGAAAAGUUGUUCAAUGCCAUCGAGACCCUCCCUUGCGUGAAGAAGAAGGCCGACUGGGCUCUGAACUGGAUCAGCUCCACAACGGCAACAUUCGGUGAACGGGUGGUGGCAUUCGCUGCCGUUGAGGGAAUUUUCUUUUCUGGUUCUUUCGCCUCCAUUUUCUGGUUGAAGAAACGGGGUCUAAUGCCCGGCCUCACUUUCAGCAACGAACUCAUCAGCAGGGAUGAGGGUCUCCAUUGUGAUUUUGCAUGUCUCAUGUUCAGCCAUCUUGUAAAUAAACCAUCUGAAAAGAGGAUAGUGCAGAUAAUAUCUGAUGCAGUGACGAUCGAGCAAGAAUUUUUGACUGAAGCCUUGCCCGUCGCUCUCAUCGGAAUGAACAAUAAACUCAUGAAACAAUACAUUGAAUUUGUAGCUGAUAGACUUUUAGUGGAACUGAGUUGUGAAAAAAUUUACAAUGUUGAAAAUCCUUUCGACUUCAUGGAGCACAUCAGCCUGGAAGGCAAGACCAAUUUCUUUGAGAAGAAAGUGGGCGAGUACCAGAAGUGUGGAGUCAUGUCCAAGAAGGAAGAUCACUGCUUUACCCUCGAUGCCGACUUUUAGUGGACUCGAAUCGUCUUUUAUUCACCUUACCCAGUCUCGAACUAGCUUUAUCCCAACUGCUGCAGAGUCUCAUUUUGUAGCUGAUAUUUAUUCUGUAUUAAAAUCUAUUUUAUAAUAA